GGGCGGGACAUGUGCCUCCCAGCUGACUGGCUCUGCCUCUCACCGUCGUCGUGCGCUGAUUGGCUCCAGUUCUUCGCACAGCUGAGCUAUAUACCGGGACUCGGAGCUGGUACUCAGCACAGCGUACACACAGAGACCCCCGGAAAACGCUGCGACCCCUCCCCCCGAACAGGACAGCGUCGGCCCCGGAGUGCAGCAGCCCCCACUUACCCGGAGGUCACAGUGCAUCCUGGUGUGGCGCGGCCUCCGCUAUAGCCAGUGCGGGGUCCCGAUCAGGAUGAGGGGUCUGUGGCCGCUCUGUCGUGGGCUCCGGCUUCUGGGGACACGUGGUGCGGUGACCGGGGAGCACCGAGCAGGGCUGUGCGUGGCCGCAGAGGCUCAGCAGCCGGCGUUUGGCCUCCUGUUUGAUAUUGAUGGAGUGCUUGUCCGAGGAAAGACCCCAAUCCCCUCAGCAAGAAAAGCCUUUCAAAAGCUGGUGAAUAGCCAGGGUCAAUUCAUGGUGCCAGUUGUGUUUGUCACUAAUGCCGGAAACUGCCUUCGCCAGACCAAAGCUGACCAGCUGUCCAACAUACUUGGCGUGCCAAUCUCACAGGACCAAGUGAUGAUGUCGCACAGCCCACUGCGCAUCUUCAAACAGUAUCACGACAAGUGCGUUUUGGUAUCCGGACAAGGCCCAGUUCUAGACAUUGCAAAAUAUUUAGGAUUUUCGAAUCCUAUCACUGUAGACUCAGUGCGUGAGUCUUACCCUUUCCUGGAUAUGGUGGACCACAGCAGAAGACCUAAAAUUCUGCCUUCUACAGCUGUGGAUCUUCCCAGGAUAGAAGCCGUGAUUCUCUUUGGAGAACCAAUCCGAUGGGAAACCAAUCUGCAAAUUAUCAUUGAUGUAUUGCUGACUGGGGGUUAUCCUGCAAACCCCCAUCAACGUGACAGUUACCCCCAUAUUCCUCUGCUAGCAUGUAACAUGGAUCUGAUGUGGCUGGCUGAGGCCCGUUCACCAAGGUUUGGUCACGGGAUAUUCAUGGUUUGUCUAGAAAACAUCUAUAAGAAGAUUACGGGAAAGGAGCUGAAAUAUGAGGUUUUAAUGGGCAAACCUAGUGCUGUGACGUACCACUAUGCGGAAUACCUCAUCCGAAGCAAGGCAGCGGAGAUGCAGUGGAAUAAGCCUGUCAAAACCCUUUAUGCUAUAGGUGACAACCUAAUGACCGAUAUCUAUGGUGCUAACCUCUACAAUCGCUACCUUCAGGAAAUGAACUGUAGGAAAGGCUCCAAGGCGUUGUUGCAGGCCGGCUCUGGAGCGCGAGUUGCUACAGUAGCGGAGGAGGAGGAAGCAGCAUGGGAAAGUGAGCUCUCAUGUCCCAGUGCCACUUGGUGUAAGUCUGUUCUGGUUUGCACUGGGAUCUACAACCCUCAUGCCGAAGUGCCUUCUGACCCCUCGGUCUCCGUCACUGAAAAAGUAUUUCACGGUCACCGGGAUUUCAGGUUUGACCCGGCCUUGGUGGAACCGGGGCAUGUUGUUUCUGAUGUGAAUGCUGCAGUUGACCUUAUCUUUCAACUAGAAAUGUUUACACCGACCAGCGGUGACCGGACUGCCUAAAGAUUUAUAUAAAUAUAUAUAUAUCUAUAUAUAGAUAUAUAUAUAUAUUUAUAUAUAUUAUGUGUAUUACUGCGGUAUCAGGAUAUUAUGACCUAGUUAACCUCAAACACCUCUGAUGUUAUUUAUACUGCACUUUACUGUUCCCCACUCAUCAUUUCUAAUCUUUUAAUUGUAUUCUAGUUUAAAGCCUUUUAAAAAAAAUAAUAUAUGUAGGUUUAACACUAGUUUUAAAACAUUCUAUAUUUAUAUUUUAUUAGGAUACCAGAAAAUUGCUUGUUUCUGGUUAGAAAAAAAAAUGUACAUUCUUGCUUUGUUCAUGUGUGUUAUACAUCUAUAUACCUUGUGACCUGUGUUUUAUGCACAAACAUGCAGCUCACCAGUUGCCUACUAAUAUGGACCCUAGACCCAUAGAAAAUGCAUUAUGGUGCUGGAUAUCUGAUGACUGCCCUAGAAUACGUGCUGCUCUAGAGACAGGUUUACAAAACUGUGACACUGCAGCUAAUUUUUCAGUGCAAUUUGAAGCGAUCCCUUUAGAACAUUUCCAGUAUUUUUUCAAGGGGCAUUUUAAGUGAUAUUGAAACUUUUAUUUCUUUUCUACGGUUUUAUGGACAUCUACAUGGGCACCAUCAGCCCAGUUUGUGACUUGAAUUCUACACGUUCCGAAGUGUGUUUAUUCCUUCCCUUUAUUCUCUAUUUAACGUGCGAUUUUGGUGUGUAUAAAUCGUAGAUCGUAUGUUCUAUGAGUCUGUUACAAAUUACUUUCUCCUUUAUGGUUUUAUUAAAAGUGUUUUACAGAACA